GGGAAGAGGGGAGGGAGGAAGGUGGAAGGGGAGAUAGAUUCUCAAUUUAGCCUUAAUACUGCCACACAUUGGCUUUUAAUCGAUAAAACUCGUGUCGGGUAUAUAAAGACUGUGAGGACUUACGAGAUAGAGGAUAUUGUCAUAUCUGUCAGGAGGACAAAUCACAGUGACUUUAUCUCCAAGGUGCACAUCCAAAGAGACGCUAGAGGAGUCGAGAUGUAGGGAAGUUAUGUAGAAG